AUGCCAGAAUUGAGGAGAAACUUGAUUUCUCUCGGAUCUUUGAAAGAUGAAGGAUACAUCUACAAGUCUACAAAUGGCAUCUUGAAAAUCACUCGUGGCUCACUGGUAGUGAUGAAAGGAAAGAGAGUUAAUGGAUUGUACAUACUAGAAGGAGAAAAAGUAGCCCUUGCUGAAGCAUCUAUUGUUAAGACUCAGGAAAGUGAGAUGCAUCUGUGGCACCAACGGAUGGGACAUAUCAGUGAGCAGAGAUUCAGACAGCUUCUCAAACAAGGGAGCACAGACAAGUUGAAGACCUGUGCAUUACCUUUCUGUGAAGCAUGUGUAUUUGGAAAGCAACAUAAAAUAAAUUUCACUACAACAAAGCACAAUACAAAAGGGGUGUUGGAUUACAUUCACUCAGAUCUAUGGGGGCCUAGGAGAAAACCAACACACUCAGGUGGAACAAUUAAAGGGAACAUGGCUAAGUUUGAAGUAUAG